AUGCUACUUCGUUCGGGAAAUGCGAAAUUGCUUAGCAAAAACAAUAAAAAAAUGAGCUCUUGCCCACAUCAACGAGUCGCCAAUUUUGGGAAAUCUUCAACAUUGAGAUGUUCGAGUGAAGACUGCACAUCGCAAGGCGUUUGGCAAUGUGGAACGUGUCAAGAAAAUUUCUGUGGAGUACGCGGGAAAAGUCAUUGUCUUUUACAUCAUAAGAACACCAACCAUCCAAUUUUCAAAAACAUCAAGAAUGAUCGAUUAUGGUGCCACGAUUGCGACAAGGAAAUCCCAAGGUUAUUGAAAAAAACGACUUCGAAUCAAAUAACGCAACGAAAAUCAAGAGGAGCAGCAUUGGCUCGUCUCACGCGAUCUCGCGGACGUCCACUGGAAGAAUGUGCAUUAGAGUCACGACCAAUCGCGAAAUCAAACGAUGACUUCUUUGACUCAAUAUGUCCACGAGGGCUAACCGGAUUGUUGAACCUGGGGAACACUUGUUACUUCAACGCGGCGUUGCAAGCGCUUUCCAAUUGCUCUCCAUUUGCUUCUUUCUUCAGAUAUAAAGCGAAUCUUCGACCUUGGUCAACAAGACAGCCGAUUGUUUCAAAUGCGAUGGCGCAAAUCAUUCAAAAGUUAUGGGCCGAACAACGAGAACCAUCGAUUGCUCCAACUGUCUUGCUGAUGCGUAUCCGGGAAGAGUUCCCACAGUUUCGAGGCUGGGCCCAACAAGAUGCACAGGAAUUAAUCCGGUGCUUGUUAGAGCUACUUCAUCGAGAGCUUGGCCAACCGAUCUUCUCCUAUGAGAAUCAGCUGGCAAAUGAUGAAUGGCUGCCGAAUGAGGAUGGAAACGGUGACAGUGGACUGAGCUCGGACAGUGAGCAAAGCGGCGUCGGUGAUCAACAAGCGUCCACUUCAAGGAGUCGAAGUGUAAACGAGCGACCGAUUGGUUUCCGCAGUAUCGUCAGUGAAGUAUUCGACGGAAAGCUUGAGAGCAGUGUCCGAUGUUUAACCUGCAAUAAUCUCAGCACAACAACGGAGACUUUCCAGGACCUAUCAUUGCCGAUUCCAAGCAUGGAACAGUUAGAGAAAAUGGCACAGGAAUCGAGUACGCUUGGCUCGUCGACAUCGAUCGUUUCGAAGUUGAUGAACUGGGCCCGGUGGUGGCUUUCAUGGGUAGUGCCCCAAUCGAUUUCCCUUGAAGAUUGUCUCGAUGCAUUUUUCACUCCCGAUAAACUUGUUGGCGACGACAUGUACAGCUGUGAGAAAUGCAAAAAAUUGCGAAACGGAGUCAAAACGUGCUUGAUGUCGCAAUUGCCGGAAGUGCUUUGCAUUCACCUCAAACGAUUUCGACAUGACAACUUCUCGAGUUCAAAGAUCUGGACUCGUGUCGAUUUCCCACUUUUUGGCCUCGAUGCUUCACGGUGGAUGGCCGAUGUUCGAGGAGAGGCCAAUUAUGAGCUGUGUGGUCUUGUUACACAUGAAGGCAGUGGAGCCGAUUCAGGACACUACAUUGCCUAUUGUCGAAAUGAAAUCGACUCUAACUGGUAUGAAUUCGAUGACUCUACUGUCACUAAAGUCGACGCCGCAUAUGUGAUGACAAAAGAGGCGUAUGUUCUCUUCUAUCAGCGCUCGAUUUCACCGAAUCGUGAAGCUGUACGAGACGAGGCUUUCACUAUGCUCCAUCCGACUAGAAAUGAGCCAAAGUACAAGAUGACGCAUUUCAUAUCAACUGACUGGUUGGAACGAGUUGGAUCUUUUGCUUCCCCAGGGCCGAUCACCAAUCACACCCUUCUUUGCCGACAUGGACACAUCUCACCCAGACGUGCUCAAGCGAUUCCCCAUCUUGUUACAAGAGUCACCUCAUCACUUUGGCAACUUUUGCAUAAUGAAUAUGGUGGUGGACCAGAGUUGACCUCUCUUCAUUACUGCAUGUUAUGUGAACGACGUCAACAACGAUUUGAAGCAAGAAAGAAAAGAGAAUGGGAAGAAUUUAGAAAAAGAGAAAUCUCUGUGAUUGAACUAGAAGCACUUGAUCAAGGCCUUACUUUCUCUUCUCAUCUUCCCCAAAAUUUGAUCAGUACAAGCUGGUUCAACAAUUGGAUGAAAUUCACAAAUGAUCCAUCACAAGAGCCUCCAAAUGAAAUCAACAACGAGUGUUUGCUUGAGGCAUUUGAUGCUGGACGACGAUUGAGGAGACGACCAGCUGCCACGCAAAUCUCGAGAGAAUGUUAUGUGUAUUUGCAAAAGAUUUAUGGAGGAGGCCCUGAGGUUUUCUUACUGGACGGUGCGCAACCAGGAAAAGAUAUUCUUGAAGAAUGGAUUCAAUCAGCAGAGGAUAAACUCGCUGAAAGCAAAGAAAAGUUUUUUGAACAAGCCAAAGAGCGAAUCGAUGAAGAGAUGAAAACCGAGAAAGAGGAA